AUGGAAAGUUUAAAACCACCAGAGUCGAUGAAAUUUGAUGGAAAUCUAGCUUCGGAUUGGCAGAGAUGGCUGCAAUCAUUUGAAAUAUGUGAAGUAGCUAGUGGAUUACAUAAUAAAGAAGAGAAGAAAAAUAUUAUAUAUGAAAGACUAUUCUUUACUAGAAAUCAAACCGCGUCAGAAACCAUAGAUGAAUAUGUAACUGACCUUCGAAAUAAAGCUAGAACAUGCGAGUUUGCACAAUUAAAGGAUAGUUUAAUAAAGGAUAAAAUUGUUUGUGGUAUUAAAGAUGAUGUAGUGAGAGCAAGAUUGUUACAUGAAACAGAAUUAACAUUAGAAAAAGCUCUUGAUAUAUGCAGAUCUGCUGAAAUAAGUGCACAUCAAAUGAAAAUCAUAAAAGAUGAGGAAACUGCUGUAAACUUAGUGAAAAAGAAACUAAGUAAACAUAAUAAGAAUACUUACAAAGAGGUAAAUACCGAUAAACAAAAGACAAAAAUUUGUUCUAAAUGUGGAACAUCUCAUGAGUAUCGAAUGUGUCCAGCAUAUGGAAAAAUCUGUCAUAAAUGUAAAAAGGCAAAUCAUUUCGCGAGUCAGUGUAAAAGCAAUAUAAUAAAAAAUGAAGCAGUCAAGGUAAACAAAAAAGAUAGACAAAUUAAAUUAAUAAAUCAUGACUCUGAGGAAGAGUUAGAAUUUUAUGUUGGCACAUUAAACCUUAAUUCAGAUAACAAGGAAGAGAAAUGGACUGUUGACGUUAAUGUAAAUAAAAGUAAACUAAAUUUGCAGUUAGAUACUGGAGCAAUGUGCAAUGUUAUUUCUAAAAGCAAAGUGAAAUUGCUAAAUGCUCCGAUACAGAAGUCUGAAAUUGAAAGAUUAGUUACAUUCUCUGGGAAUAAAAUGGAUACUUUAGGAAAAGUAGUACUUAACUGCCAAUACGGAAAAAAUAAUUAUGUUGUGGAAUUAACAAGUUAUUGA